AAUCGCUGGCAAGAAUCGACUAGACGUUCGAUUAAUCGUUCCUUUAAAAAAAACAAUUUGUAAUUGUCUUUGCCAUAACCCUACAAAAUUAAGUAGACAAUUCAUCUUGUCAAGGUUAUAUAGCGAUCUCUUUCUUGUAUAUAGAUCAUUGCUAUACACUAUGGCAUUUUAAAUAUUGUGACCAGAUCUGUAAGUCAAUGUAAAUUAGUGGACUUAUUUCGAAAGAUGCUUUUGUCGAUGUCGAGUUUGACGUAAAACAACUUCAAUUUGCUCCAAUUUCGUUGUUUCGUCGUAGUGGUUUUUAAUGUAAUUUCUUUAUAUGAGUGACAUAAGUGGCACCUGUAACUUGUUGCAAGGGUUGUUAUCUUACGUUCCCGUGUCCAGAGUUUGCUUCUGAGACGGUGUUCGCAGUCAAUCUGUAUGCAACUUCUACGCGUCGCCUCGACUAUGUCUUACCAAGGAUCACCAUAUUCGGGCCCGGGCGAUGAGUACGACUUCGAAGACGACGGGUACGACGACCUGGACGAAUACAGGGAGCAGGAGGAUGCAAUACCACCGCCACCAGCGGACGACAGUGACGAAGAUACUGAGGAAGCUAGUGAGACAGACAUACCCAACAAUGACGAACCUCUGGAGCAUAAAGAACAAUUGUAUCAAGACAAGUUAGCGAGCCUAAAGAAGCAGUUGCAACAGCUAGAGGAUGGAGUUCACCCGGAGUACACGCGCCGCGUGAAGAGACUAGAACACCAGCUGCACGAGAGACUCAGGCUCAACAAGAUAUACAAAGACCACGUAUACGAUGUAGUAGAAAGAGAAUACAUAGCAGAGAAGAAGGCAGCCGCAAAAGAGUUUGAAGAGAAGAAGAUAGAGUUACGAGAGAACUUGCUCAAUGACUUUGAGGAUAAGAGGAAAAUGAUAGAGAAUGAGAGACACAGUAUGGAGCUGAAUGGGGAUUCAACAGAGGUGAAACCAGUAAUGAAACGCAUCCUCCGACGGCGGGCCAACGAGCCGGCGCCGGCGCCUGAGAAGCGCCGCAAGCCCACAACCACACUAACAUUUCAACUGGAGUCGCGCGACAUCGACGCCGACCUGCGCGCCAUCGCGCGCCACUCCCCGCCGCCCGCGCCGCCCCGGCACACCCAGCCGAGGAAACAUGUCAACUCCAGCUGCGAAUCUCCUGUUCGAGAGAAUAACGACUCGCACGACACUCGCGUGGAGGAUGGCAAGCUGUUGUUCGAGCGGCGGUGGUUCCACCGCGGGCAGAGCGUGUACGUGGAGGGGCGGGAUAUGCCGCGCUUCCCCGGACACAUACACGCCAUCACCGACGAGGCGAUAUGGGUGAAGAAGACGACGAAUCUAGAGCGUAUUAGGAUAUACGUGUCUCAACUCGCGCGGGGGAAAGUGACGAUAAAACGGCGCGCGUCAUAAGUGCGACAGUGACGGACGCUAGUGCGCUAGUGUGGUUCGGUCCUAACUCGCCGGUCCAUUGACAAGUACUUUGUUAAAAUAAUUUCUCCCGUAGUGUUCGUCCCAAGGUGACACACCGAUGACGUGUACGCGUUGUAAUAUAAGAGAUUUCUUAAGAGAUGUCACACACAAGACGUUUGGCGUCUGUGAUAUUAAUUCAUACAUUACAACGCACACAUGCAUGUAAGAGAAGUUGUUUGACAUUUUCAGACGUUUAGCCUUUGCACGAAGGUUAUUUCUGCAGGAAAUCUCAAAAUAUCUCUCUUGUAUUUUUUUAUUUUAUUUUUAUUAUACAUAGAACUACAUGUAAAAGAAAUCACAGGCCAUGGUGACCGCUUACCGUCAGGUGGGCCGUAUGCUUGUUUGUCACCGACGUGGAAUAAAAAAAC